CCCUCGUUUAUUCCGAUUUUCAUGUCUUGUCAUCCUGGACUAUGCUUUGCUUGGGUAGAUAGCGUUAUUUAUGAUAGGCCUAGGUAUAAUUUUAUCGUGGUAUGCAUAUGGCGUUCUUUGGCUUUGCACGUUGGUUGCGUCGGGGGGUAGCCCGUAUCGAUUGCGUUGCAGGGAUUUUCGAUUCUACUCUGCAUCUUCUGUUGUCUUCUGCAGUCCGUAUAAUAUUAUCCGACUGUACCUAUCGUCGAUUCCUGGCGUCGAGAAAAUUUGAAUUGUCAAAGGACAGUCGAUUCCGCACGCGCGCACGGAUGACUUUUGUAUAGACUUUCGAACAUCUUUCAAAAACUAGUAACCCAAGUGAACUACCGUGUGUCGGUGGGGUGGGCCAAAGCAGUCGCAGACACCUGACUUCAUCAUGAUAACAACCGACAAACACCCUCAAACAUCUCAGUCUGCGCUAAAAUCGAAGCGCCACCUGGCGGGCGCCGCAGCGUCAACAAAAGAGCCUGAACCGUAUAUGUGAAUAUAUGCUGCCCGAAGCAUAUA